UCACAAUCGUCCCAAAAACAAAGGAACUUCCCUAAAAUAUCUAACACAAAAAAGAAAACGGGUCGGGUCCAUAUUGACCCGAAAACUCACCUUUCGUAGCCCAUUCGCCCCCAUUACUAUUAUUUCCUAACUACUACUUUAUAUUUUAUUUUAUUUUAUUUUAUUUUAUUUUAUUUCCACAUCAAAAUUAAUUUUAUUUUAAUGCAUCGAUGAACACUAAUUUUGUGUAUAUAAAGUCGCCUCCUCCUCUUCCACUUUCUUCAACACUUGUCCUCCUAACUUCUUCAAAUAUCAUCAAUCCCAGACCAAUUUCAGUAAUGGGGACCUUCCAAUCCUCCCAGACCAUGGCUCUUCUCUUCUUCCUCUUCAUUGCUAUAUCAACCGCCUCGCCUUCUUCCAUCAUUCCCCAGAGGACGGACGAGGAGGUUAUGGCGCUUUACGAUCAGUGGCGUGCCAACCACGGGAAGCUCCACAACAACUUGGGAGCUGAGCCUGAAAAUCGUUUCCACAUCUUCAAGGACAAUCUCAAGUACAUCGAUGAAAUCAACGCCCAAAAUUUGCCCUACCGAUUAGGUUUGAAUGUUUUCGCAGAUCUGACGAACGAGGAGUACCGAUCUAGGUACUUGGGAGGCAGAUUCGCUGCUGGUUCAAGGAGAAACAGGACGAGCAACCGGUAUCUACCUCGCCUUGGAGAUGAACUCCCGGACUCUAUUGAUUGGAGGGCGAAAGGAGCCGUCGCUCCUGUUAAAGACCAGGGUAGUUGUGGGAGUUGCUGGGCGUUCUCAACUGUAGCUUCCGUUGAAGGCAUAAACCAGAUUGUUACAGGCGACUUGAUAGCAUUAUCUGAACAGGAGCUGGUGGAUUGUGACAAAUCUUACAACGAAGGUUGCAAUGGUGGCUUAAUGGACUAUGCCUUCGAGUUCAUCAUCAACAAUGGCGGCCUUGACACUGAAGAAGAUUAUCCUUACUAUGGAUUUGAUAGCUCCUGUAUCCAAUAUAAGAAAAAUGCAAGGGUCGUUUCAAUUGAUGGUUAUGAAGACGUCCCUGUAAACAAUGAGAAAGCACUGCAAAAAGCAGCAUCAAAACAGGUUGUGUCUGUUGCCAUUGAAGGAGGUGGUAGAAGUUUCCAGCUAUACCAAUCGGGUAUAUUCACUGGAAGGUGUGGAACGGAUUUGGACCAUGGUGUAAAUGUGGUUGGAUAUGGUUCUGAAGGAGGCGUUGAUUACUGGAUUGUCAGAAACUCGUGGGGUGCGAACUGGGGCGAAAGUGGCUACGUCAGGAUGCAACGUAAUAUCGAUUCCCCAACCGGUCUCUGUGGAAUUGCAAUGGAGCCUUCCUACCCCACUAAAAGCGGACCAAACCCCCCAAAUCCAGGCCCAACUCCUCCAAGUCCGGUGAAACCCCCAUCUGUAUGUGAUGAAUAUUACACCUGUCCCGCCGCUGAAACUUGCUGCUGUAUCUUCGAAUUCUCAAAUUUGUGCCUUGAAUGGGGAUGCUGCCCACUUGAAAGCGCCACCUGCUGUGAUGACCAUUACAGCUGCUGCCCCCAUGACUACCCCAUCUGUAACGUCCGUGCUGGAACCUGCUCGAAGAGCAAGAAUGAUAUUUUCGGAGUGAAGGCGAUGAGGCGCACUGCAGCAGCAGCCAGGCCAUCAUGGGCACAUAGAGAUGUGACUGUUGGAAAGAGCAGUGCUUAAAAGGGUUGCCAGCUUUGGGGGAGGUCAAGGAUGAAAAGACAGGCUCGUUGUUAUUGUGGAAUGAUAACUUCUUCAAGGCCUGUAUAUCUCAUAUUGUAUACCUCCUGGUGUUUCGCACAUUUUAGUUCUCAAUGGGUCGUUUCAGUUAUCACACGACGAAUGUAUAUAGGAUGUCUUUGAAUAUGAACACUUUGGAACAGAGACUAAUUGCUUUCAAGUUAUAUUAGCACUCCGUCUCUGUAUAAUUCUGAAUUAAGGCCAAUUGUGGCUGUGCAUUGAUUAUUAUGAUCUGAUGUAUCAUUUCCAUUGGUAUUUGAAACUUCUUUUAGCUUUUCUUA